CCCCGGAAGUAGUGAGUGAGUGAGUCACACGUGGGUACUGCUGGGAACACCGAAGGAAGAGAUCGUGAUGUCAGUAGGCGGCAUGGCUGAGGGUGUCCCCGGUGGGCAGCUCAUCCAGGAGGGGGAUUAUGUGGUGCUGAAGAAGCAGGACGUGUACAAGGCGGUGCAGGUGCAGAGGAGGAAGAAAUUAAUAUUUGAAAAGCAAUGGAUUUAUUUGGAUAACGCUAUCGGCAAACAUUAUGGCACAACGUUUGAGGUAACUGGAGGUGGAAAUCUUCAAAUAAAGAGAAGUGAAGCUGCAGCAGCAGAGCCUAAGGAAGCAGGUGCUGACAACCGGAAUAUAGUCGACGAUGGAAAAUCUCAGAAACUAACCAGAGAUGACAUUGAAGCAUUGAAGGAAAAAGGCAUUAAAGGCCAGGAAAUUGUUCAACAGCUUAUAGAAAACAGCACAACUUUUCGAGAUAAAACUGAGUUUGCCCAAGAGAAAUAUAUCAAGAAAAAGAAGAAAAAAUACGAUCCAAAUAUCUCGAUUUUAAAGCCAUCUUCGAGGAUCCUUGCUAUGAUGUAUUAUGCGAGAGAGCCAGGAAAAAUCUGCCAGCUUCGUUACGAUACAUUGGCACAGAUGCUGACGUUGGGGAAUAUUCACGCGGGCAGUCGAGUGAUUGUCAUGGAAACCUGCGCUGGUUUAGUGCUGGGCUCUGUUAUGGAGCGCAUGGGAGGAUAUGGAUCUGUUAUCCAGAUGUACCCAGGCACUGGACCUGUUAGAGCUGCAACAGAUUGCUUUGGUUUUCCCAAAUCUUUCUCGGAAUCCCUGUAUGAGUUUCCUCUCAGUAAGGUGGAGAGCCUGAUCUCUGGGACUUUCUCUGGCCACAGCCGUGUUUCUGCACAGCGGGACUCUGUACAAGGUGGUGAUGAGGAAAGCAAUGGAUCAACUGCCGAAAAAAAAGAACCUGCCCAGGACGUUGCUGAAGAGACUUGUCCUGUCACAGAACCUGAAGGCUCGGCAGACUCUAGCCAGCCGGAGACCCAAGAGGAGAUGGAAGUCUCUGGUGAGGAGAGCAAUGAGAGAGACCAGAAUCCCGAAAAGAAACAGAUUGUGAUGGAGAAGAAGCGUAAACAGGAUGAGAGAAGGAAAAGGGAAUCUGAAGCCGCGGUCUUGCUACAGAACAAAAAUGCUGAUGGGUUAAUUAUAGCCUCCCGCUUCCACCCUGCACCCCUGCUCCUCACAUUGCUAGGCUUUGUAUCUCCAUCCAGACCUUUCGUUGUUUACUGUCAGUAUAAAGAGCCUCUACUUGAAUGCUAUACAAAGCUCAGAGAAAGAGGCGGUGUCAUUAAUCUCAAGCUGUCAGAGACUUGGCUGAGGAAUUAUCAGGUUUUGCCAGACAGAAGCCACCCAAAACUAGUAAUGAGCAGUGGAGGAGGAUACCUACUUCAUGGUAUUACCGUAGCUAGAGAACCGGCAAAGCCCAACAGCAGCUGCCCGGAAAGAACCGGAGAACCAGCACCAAAAAAAUUAAAAGUUGCAGAACUUGAAAGCUAGAAUUUUUUUUUUGUUUUUUAUUGCAUUGUCAUUACAUGACCAAGAUUCAGCAUAUAUCGCUUAGCCACAGAGAACCAGCAUUGUUACCUUACCAUUCAUUUUCCAGUUUUAGACACUCGUUUGUACAGGAAUGUUUUUUUAUUUUUGUCUCUGAUUCCAAAAUACAAGCUUGUACUUCGUGUUUAUAGUUUUAUUGGACCUUUUUAUUGUCAUGAUAUUUAUUUUGUGAUUUAUGUUUGGCUUACCAAGACAAAAUUAAAUGACCUUGCCUAAAAACUCUUAAAUUGUAUCCUCAGGACAAAGAAAAGUAGUUGUUUUAAAGAGCUUUGUGGGGUGGCUGGGAACCCAGGUAUACAAAUUCCAGAGAGCAGGUUAGGUGCUUGAAGGACAAAUGUAGAUUCAAUGGGUUGUCUGAAUCCGAGGCUCAGGGGGAAACACAUAGAGCACUGCGGAGAUGUAAAUGGCUAUACAUUUAAUAUAUGCAGUAGGUGCCUUUUGGUGUAGAUCGAAAAUACAUUCCUCUUUCGCGAAUAA